UGGCAGCCUUUCCAUCUCCUCAUCUGCACUCGUCUGUCUGCAGACCGUAGAAACAGGACUUGAUGGGUCGUCCUUGUGAGGCAGCUCCGCUUCCUGUUCCCCUUUAAGACAACCUCUGACAUCUGAACUCCUCCGAUGUCGCUCGACUUCCUGCUUUGAUCUCAGUCCAACUCAGCUGGAGAACAGAUUUCGGGGGCUGGUCAUGGUGUCCGGUGAGAAGGUGUGGGACCCCCUCCAUGCGGGCCUCCUUCAGUCACGUCUGAGUGAACAGCACCUGGCCGCCGGGCACACUCCCCUCUGUAACCUGCCACACAUCGCAGCUAAGGACUCCACGCGCCACCGGAGUCAGCGGUUGUCACCCCUGUCUUCCCUGCCACAGACAGUAGUGGCUCUAGACACCCUUCCCUCAGUUCAGGCCUCCUCUGGCCGACUAUCACCGUUCCACCUGUCGGACAAUCUCUGCCCCACCCGCUGCGGCUCCAGCGGGAUCGGAGGACUACACGAGCCAAGCCGUUGUCUUGGAGUGGCCUCUCAGCCUGAAUCAGAGGAGGAGGAAGGGGAGGCUGAGCAGCUGGAGAUGAAGGGUAAAAGGCACGGAGGCCGGGGAGAGGCCACAAUGGAGGACAGGCUGGAGGACAUGGCUGACGGGCCCAAGACUGCUAAAAUUACCCUAAGCUUUCCACUUAGUGCCGCCCCCUUGCCUCCCUCUCUGACCUCUCCAAACCACUGUCGCAGCUCGUCCUCAUCCUCCCCUUCCCCCCACAGUCGACGGCCAUCCACCAAGGGCUCAGACGAGGGGUCGCUGUGGAAACUGGACGCUACCAUGGACGUAAAGCACAGACCUUUUAAGCCCCCCAGGCACGACAGCUCUCCGUCCUCCUCACCCGCCUCCUCCUCAUCUCCCAUGACUGUUAAUGCACUUAUCAGAAAGGAUAUAAAAUCCCCCCCUCCUCUUAAGUGCUCUAAACUCAAUCAAGAGACUCAGUUCAACAGGUUCCCCCCAAGGUCGUCCAGCGGGUCUGUAGGGGGCUGUUAUGGAGGAGAUGGGUGGGAUGAGAGACACAGAGGGACCAACGGUACAGCCUCGCCCUCUCCGACCGCUCAGAUCCUCUUCAGCCUCGGCACUUCAGCUUAUCAGAGCCAGCGCAGUGGGGACACAGAGAGGAAAGAGAAAAUUACAGGAAGACCAGGUGGCAAGGUGGGAAGCCCUCAUGGACCAAACCUUCAUCCCCCUACUCUCCACCUUCCUCCCCCACUACCACCUCCUCCUCCUCCCCCUUCUGAGGCUGUCACUGCUCCUCCCCACCCGUCCUCCUUCUCCCCCACUGACAGUCUGAAGCCUGAGCUGAUCUGUGGCGUGUGCCACCGGCUCUUCAGCUCAGCCUCCUCACUGACAGUCCACAUGCGGCUACAUCGCGGCAGCCGGGCCCUCAGCUGCCGUUAUUGUGGCAAAGCCUUCAUCCACAGCAAGAGACUGCAGUCCCACGAGGCCUCCUGCAGGACAUCGAGCCUAACCUCCAACAGCCUGGGCCCUCCCUCACUUACUGUCCAGCCAAAGGAGGAGCCGCUGGAGGAGGGUGAGGUAAGAGUGGAGGGGGGAGUGAUUGUGGGAACUGAAGGAGCUACGGAAAACAGUAAGGCACGGCCAGGGAAGAAAGCACGGAGCCUCUUGGCACGUAUCCAAGGCGAUGAUACAGCAACCACUGAGCUGCUGGGGGGUGAUGAGAGCCAUUUUGUGAAGGUGGUAGAUGGCAAUGUCAUUUACUUUUGCUCUGUGUGUGAGCGGUCCUACAUGACUCUAUCCAGCCUCAAGCGUCACUCCAAUGUGCACUCAUGGCGGCGGAAAUACCCGUGUCAUUUUUGUGACAAGGUUUUUGCCCUUGCUGAAUACCGCACAAAGCAUGAGGUGUGGCACACAGGGGAGAGGCGGUAUCAGUGCAUCUUCUGCUGGGAUGCCUUCGCCACCUACUACAAUCUCAAAACACACCAGAAGACCAUCCAUGGCAUUAAUCCCAGCCUCAUUUCCAGCGAAAAGACCGCCAACGGUGGCUACAAACAGAAAGUUAAUGCCCUCAAGCUCUAUCGUCUUCUCCCCAUGCGUUCCCAGAAAAGACCCUACAAGACCUACAGCGAUGGUUUGUCCAAUGGCCUGCUUCUGCCACCAACCGACCCACCAUCCCUCCCCUUACCCCUGGGUUUGGACUGUGCUCUGGGUCCUGGGAACCUCCAAAGCCUCAUCAGUGGAGCCCACCCUCAAAGUGUGAAGCCUGACCCAGAUGCCUUCCCUGAUGGCUUCCCUGUUUCUAUGGCUAUGGACCACAGGGACCUCUCCACACUAGCGCCCCUCCCCCAAACAGAUAUGCCCCAAGUGAGAAAACAUGACAGUGAGACCCUAGAGGCAGAGCAGGGUAGAGGCAGUGGCAGCUUCAAACUAUCGAGUAGCAGCAAAACCAAAACUCCCAAGACUGGCAGAAGCACAGAAACAAGCCUAUCUUCUGUAAUAACGUAUGGCCAUACGAAACCCUCCGUCAUAGUUCAUGGAACAGCAGUGUCAUCCUCCGUCAUUGUCCAUAGCAACCAGGUCACCUCUGGGAAUGGCAAAAGUCCACUGAACAGCCCCUCCCCUGAAACCAGCGACAGUCAGACAUCCCACAAGUCCAGUCCCAGGUCAAUAACAAAGCAAAGAGAGAAUGCAGAAAGUCAUAGAAAGAGGUCCAGAGAUAGUUCAGACACCACGGAAGAUGGCUCGAGAGGCAGACAGGAUGCAGACACAGGCAGAUCUUAUCACAAGUCACGCAAGUCCCACGGCAAGAAUGACAUCUCUAACACAAAGCAAUUGUCACUGUCUGGGGGGUCACAGGUCAAAGGGGGAGGGCCACUGUGCCAGAUUACUGUACGUAUUGGUGAGGAGGCCAUUGUGAAACGCAGCAUCUCUGAGACAGACCUCAGGAGAGACAAGAGCCACUCUCCUCCAAAAACCAAGCGGACUGAAACGUCAUCUCUGAGGGAUGCCAAGGAGCCCCGCCACUCUCACUCCCACCAUCAUCACCACAAACACCGUGUUCACCGUACAGCCAGCCUGGGAGCUGAGAUUGACAGAAAAGGUGAAGGCUGUGAGGAGGAAAUAAGGAAAAAGAUUUCCAAAUCUCCUGAAGAGGUGAGGGAGUACUACUUCCGCCAAGAGGUGCGUGAGCAAGGGGAGAGUGACCACGACAUGGAGGACAAUUUAUGGCGGCCUUACUAUUCCUACAAGCCCAAGAGAAAGGCCCAAGCACAUCUCCAAAGGGCAAGGAACUGGCAGCGGAAGCUGAAGUAUAAACGUUCCCUUCGGCUGAUGAGGAGGGCAGAGAGGCUUAAGAACCACGUGAACAAGGAGACAGAAUCACCACAAGAUGAGGAGGAGGAGGAUGGAAAGAUGGAGGAGGUGGGCGGGAAAAAGGUGGAUGGUGGUAAGGAGGAGGUAGCGGAGGCUAAAAAAAUGUCAACACACAGCACAGAGAAGGAAGAGAGGAAAAUCAACGAUUAUCCCUCUGUCCCUUCAAAAGGGAAAAACAAAAAAUCAGAAGAAAAGGUUGAGGAGGCUCGCCCUGAGGUCCCUACCCCUCCUCUGCAUUCUCCAAAGCCUCCUCUGCCUACCUCAGGGGCUCAUAUGGGAAUAAAGAGGCGGCCUUGGACGAAUGGGAAUGCAGCAGAGUGUGGUACAUGUGGCCGCUGGUUCUCCAGCCCCAGGAAGCGAGACAAACAUGAGCUGAGCCAUCUGCUGGAGUUUGUCUGUCUCUUCUGCCGUGCCACUUUCCCCUCAAGGGACAAAUUGGAGGAUCACCAGAAAGCCCAGCAUCCCAAGCCCACUGAGGCUCCUUCUGUGCCACCUAAAGUUGGACUUAACGAACGAGGUGAAGGCAUUGGGGUUAGAGCAGUAUCCGAGAUGGCAAAGUAUGAGGAGGAAAAAGAGGGAGGUGCACUAGUGAGGAGGAGUUCUAGUCCAAGUCGCCUAAGCAGGAGAGCGUUAGCGCGACACACCUGUCCACAGUGUCAUAAGGUGUGCAAAACAUCUUCGGCGCUAACCCGUCACAUCCGACGCCACGAGUUAAGCAGUUCCCCUGAGAGAGAGAAGGAGGAGGACAGAGACUCAGAGCCAAAAGCAGCAGAGACAAUUGUUAACACUGUUAGUAGAGAUCUAGAGACUGAAAAAGGACAGGUUCCCACUGCUUUGUCUGUUUCGGUUAUCAGCUAUUCAACCCCGGACCCACCCAGUAGCGGUGACUGUUUAGCAUCACAGCAGCAAGAAAGCCAUCUCAGCAAACUGAAAGACGAACAGCAGAUAUCAGAAUCUUUUGACAAACCUGAACUGACAGAACUCAAACCUCCAGCUCGUGAGAGAGAACCUAGUCCACAAAUUAUAAACCCUCCUUCAGACAGUGCGGUUAACAUUACACCCACCAAACCCGGAUUCACGCCUUCAACGCCUGUCACACCAUCUACUCUUCAGAGUGUGCUGGUCAUGAACGGAUCUGAAUGUCUGGACUACCGCACCCCUAGAAAGAAGAACCUAGAGAGCCAGAUACACAGAAUGCCCAGCCCUAUGCACGUCAUGGCACCCACCAACACCUCUCCGAACGUGCCCAUGUCCACACAGACCAGAAUAACCACUGCUGCUCCUCCUGUUUCCAUGACAACAGCUCCCAGCUCUGAGGUGGGAUUCAUGAAACGGGAAGGGGUCAUUAUGGAUAGAGAGAGGCAGGGUGGGAAUGGUAUGUUUCUACAUGCAGGUUAUGAGGAGCCACCUUUGGUCCAAGAUCUUAGAGUCCAGCCGUUGUCCCGGAGCCCCUCUCCCAACGAAGCACAAGACCUGACCAUGUCCUCCAUACUAGCCAGAGAAAGGGAGAUGGAGAGGCAAAAAGAGAAAGAGAGGGAGAUAGAGAGACAAAGGGAAAGGGAAAGGGAGAGAGAGAGAGAAAUGGAGAAAGAGAGAGAAAUGGAGACAGAGAGGGCCCAGCAAAUGAGUGGAGCUGCCCACCCCCUAGAGGAGAGAGUCGCUCUCUUGGUCCCUAAAGAGGAGCCCAUAAGCCCUGCACCAUCCCCCCAGCACAUCCCCCCUCAAACCACUGUAAAUGGACCUUCCUCACCCAGGCACACUCCCAAGUCCCCCUCCCGGUCCCCCACAGCUAUUGGACUCUUAGCUCAAGUUGGCCGCCAGGCUCACCACACCUCACAAGGCCUCGACAGACUCACGCUGCCCACUGGAGCAGCUGGUUCUGGUGACCGCCCCUCUGCCCAUGCCCUUCUUCUCCCCCGAGCCCCGCCACCACCUGAGCCUGAGCACCAGGACACCACAUCUUCCAGAGACUCCCAACAGGCGGAGGUCACCUCAGUGGGAUACCCUGUCCAGGAUUUCCCCUUACCCCUUAUCGUGCCAGGCGGCUACCGCUCCGGGAAGAAACAGGAGGAGAACCUGCUCAUGUCCUCCUAUCCUACUGGAGCGCUUCCCUUUGGACCACUGGGGAAGGUGAUGGUCCCGAACGGUGGGGAUCUGGCAAAGCUGCCCUUCUACCCCGACCCUUACCAGCUGCUCUACGGGCCCCAGCUGCUGGCCUACCCCUAUAACCUGGCUGCUCUUCCUGUGGCUCUGAACAUGAUGGCUCCUGGGGGGGACAAGGUGGAACCACUGCCUUUCCUUCCUGCCAUCUUCAACUACGCCGCCACUGCUGGGCCCUACAUGGGCGCAGCACCUCACCCCCUUGUGGCCAAUCCCAGUCUCUUCAGCAGCGGCAGUGGCACUGGCAAGAAGCAAAGGGACAGCAGCAACAGCAAACCGUAGGACACAAAAGCACUAUAACUAAGGAAUAUAUUUCAGAGAGGAUGGCCUGGCCUGUUGAGGAUGGGGGGUGGGGGAGAGGGGGUGCGUGCUCGCUGGGUUACUGAGUACAUUUGCACAGUACCCCUGCCUCUCUUUUGUUCAGUAGAGACCAGAGCUAGGCAUGAAAUCAGGAGUAGGGGUGAAGGGAGGAGAAGGAGCAAAGAAAAGGGGAGGAGAGGCAGAUAUUUCAAUGACGUAUCAUCACUCCCCUCUCUUCCUCCUGUUCACCUUUCUCCGUGUUUCUCCUGUCUUGCUGUAGUGUGUUGUAGUUCUAGAGCUUGAUUAAUCUUCCUCUCUGACUCAUUAUGAUAUUAUCUAUAAUAUAAGAAUAAGAACUGCUAACAGGGUGUGUGUUGUGUGAAAAAUUAGUUCAGUCUGCUUCCCUUUAUAGUGACCGCAUAAUGAGGAUAAAUGCUCUUCUUGGAAGGCUUGUGUGGGCAAGGAUAAGGGAUGAGACAGAAGAGUCCUUACUCAACACAGUUGGAGGUAGAGCAUCAAACAACACAAACCUUGUGUAAGGGUGUGAAUGUGUGUGUGUGUGUGUGUUUGUAUGGGUGUGACUGAGUGAGAAUACUGAAGUGUUCUGUUGUCAAACUGUCCGUGAAAGUUAUAUAUGAGCAUGUACAUGCACAGUAUGUAAGGAUUUGUGCAUGCCGAAGUGGGCUUAUGCAGGUAUCAGUGUGUAUGGGCGAGUAUGUAUGUCAUUCUGUGCGUGCGUGCGUGUGUGUGCGCGUGUGUGUGCGUGUGUGUGUGAUGGACUAUGUGCAUGAAUGGCUAGAGUACGCCACCUAAGCGCUGAUCAUUCCAUGUGGUUCUGAGGCGCACAGAGCAUUCCUACUCUAGUUGGACUAAGCUACUGUAGGUCAGUGCGUAGAAGUGCAUUUAGAAGUGAUUCCUCAUAUCUAAAUCAGUAAGAAGUCAAUGCUAUGGCUGGACGUGAGUUUAUGACAAUGACAGAUCAUCUGAGCUUCUAAUGUCUCAAUUAAGCCGGUGACCUUGUGGCCAGAUGGUACUCUGUAGGAUCUGCAUAGCGUUCACUGUAGUUUUUACCUUAUGUGCACAAUAGAAAAGUAGUGGUCACUUAAAGGGGAUAAUGUCGACACUUGUAGCUGCUUUGGAUAUGUAGCUGGCCACUGGGUAAGACUCUUAGGCUCGUAGACCAUUGCACUUCUGGUUUUCAUCUCAUUUCCUUCACUUUAAAAAAAAAAAAAAGAAAAGAAUAAAAAUCAGUCCACCUUCAUCUUCAA